AUGCCCUCACGCACGCGCCUCGUUGUGGAGCCGGUUGCCUCUCCGAGGCUGGCCCUGGGGCGGAGCUUUGUGAGGGCGGAGCUCCUGCGGCCGGGCUGCGUCCGCGGUCCCCUGGAGUCACACCUAGUCCAGUCCUCUGUCCAAAGAGCCGCUCCCUAUGCUCGCCUGACCUACGUCUACACCAUCAUUGACAACUGUGCCCUUCCCUGUACUCUUACACCCACCACCACCCCAGCUAAGACCCUCACCUGUUCUAAUCUGGGCUAUGGAAAUAGCCUCCUAAUCGGUCUCCUUGUCUCAAGAUCCUCCUCUCUCCAAUCCAUCCUUCACACAAUUGCCAGCAGGAAGACCAAGAAGAAGGAAGGCGGUGCUCUUCGUGCUCAGAGGGCUUCAUCCAAUGUCUUUUCCAAUUUUGAACAGACACAGAUUCAGGAAUUUAAAGAAGCAUUCACACUCAUGGAUCAGAAUAGGGAUGGAUUUAUCGACAAAGAGGACUUGAAAGAUACCUACGCCUCUCUAGGCAAGAUUAACGUUAAAGACGAUGAGCUGGAUUCUAUGUUGAAGGAGGCCUCAGGCCCCAUCAACUUCACGAUGUUCCUGAACCUGUUUGGAGAGAAGUUGAAUGGGACAGAUACAGAAGAGACAAUCCUAAAUGCCUUCAAGAUGCUGGACCCAGACGCCAAAGGGAGCAUCAACAAGGACUACAUAAAGCGUUUGCUGAUGUCCCAGGCUGACAAGAUGACUGCAGAAGAGGUUGACCAAAUGUUCCAGUUUGCCUCCAUUGAUGCGGCUGGAAACCUGGACUACAAAGCUUUGAGCUAUGUCAUCACCCAUGGUGAAGAGAAGGAAGAAUAACAAGGAUGGGGUGAACACAGUUUAUUCAAUAAAGGCUGAUCAGUAAAAACAGUCCUGGCUUGACUGUUCACAUGUAGCCCUAGAAUGGGUCCCAUUAGUUCUGAGGUAGGAAAGUCCAAGUUCUGUAGUAUGUCUAGUCCCCUAGCCUGCCCUGGGUCCCCCAAGCCUGUAGAAUAGGGGAGAGAUCCUGAGAGGGGGAGAUCAGUAGCUCUCAACAGACCCUUGUCACAGAAGUCUUGUCCUGGGCAUGACAAUAUAGAAACAUAAAAAACCUUCCCAACCUAGAGCAGAGGACCGUGGUUUUAUGGAUUUUUAGAGCCUAAAAAAGCACAUUAGAGAUAUUCUAAUAUAACCCUCUCAUUUUGCAGAUGAAGAAACUGAGGCAAACAGAGUUAAGUGACUUCCCAGA